CAGGUGUGUUCAAACCUGUAGCAGAUGUCUGUCCUCUCAGUCAUCGUGGGCUGGAUCCUAACAGCAUAAACCGCCUCUUGCUGAUCGCUGCCGCCCAUCUAUUUUCAGCCUGCACACAGGUAUGUGGGAUUUCUCUCUGACGCACCACAUCUCAGCGACAGACACUUCACAAUCCACCGCCGAGUGAGUAAAAACGCUCUGUUUACAUUUUGUUUUGACUGCUUCACGUCAGGAGGAUCUUUCAGAGUCGAGUCACAGCGUGGAUAUGACUCCACGGAGCGGAAAACGUGAAGUGAUCGCCUUUUAAGCCCGUCUUGUCGCUAACAACUCUCCUGUUUUACGCACAAGGAGCGCUUGGAUUUAUUGCAGCCAAGGCAACUGCGCGCACACCGGAGGAGCGUAUGCCCGUGGGAUGACGGCUCUGAGCGGUAGAUUCGCGCAUGAAAAGCAGCCUCUGACAUGUCAGGGAGAUGAAAUCCCCAGCAGGUUGGGAGAAGAACUCAGGAGGGUUUAUUAGGCCGCGUCACUCCGCGUUUAUCUAACAACAGCAGAACCGAGGCGACUGUAACCAGUGAGAUUGUCUAGUUGUUUGACAAAAAAGGGAGGAACCAUGUCCAGAACCCUGAAGAAGAAGAAACACUGGUCCACUAAAGUGGUGGAGUGCGCGGUGUCAUGGGGGAACCUGGGGGAUUUUGGCUCCGUGGUGGAGGUCUUGGGGGGUGCGGAGCUGGGUCAGUUCCCCUACCUGGGCCAGAUGAAGCUUGACGUGCUGGUGUGUCACGUCGGGAAGCUGCCCUACUACGGGGACGUUUUGCUGGAGGUGAACGGGACCCCCGUGAGUGGACUUACAAACCGGGACACCCUGGCUGUCAUUCGCCACUUCAGGGAGCCGAUUCGCUUGAAGACGGUGAAACCAGGGAAAGUAUUGAACACGGACCUGCGCCACUACCUCAGUCUGCAGUUUCAGAAGGGCUCACUGGACCACAAGCUCCAGCAGAUCAUACGGGACAACCUCUACCUACGCACCAUUCCCUGCACCACAAGGCUUCCUCGAGAUGGGGAGGUGCCAGGAGUGGACUACAACUUCAUCAGUGUGGGGGACUUCAGGAUCCUGGAGGAGAGUGGACUCCUAUUGGAGAGCGGCACCUAUGAUGGUAACUACUACGGGACCCCAAAGCCCCCAGCAGAGCCCAACCUGGUGCAGCCCGACCUAGUGGAUCAGGUGCUGUUUGAUGAAGACUAUGGCGGCGAGGUUCCCAGGAAACGCACCACCUCAGUCAGUAAAAUGGACAGGAAGGACAGCGCGGUCCCCGAGGAGGAAGACGAUGAUGAGAGGCCUCCACUGGUCAAUGGAUUGCCUGAGCACAAAGAAGGGGCAGACUGGAGGAAAGCGGUGCCCAGCUACACCCAGUCCAGCAGCACCAUGGACUUCCGCACGUGGAGCUCUCUGCCCCGCGAUGACAGCCUGGAGCCCCUGCCCUUCAACUGGGAGAUGGCUUACACUGAGACGGGCAUGGUCUAUUUCAUAGACCACAACACCAAGACGACCACAUGGUUGGACCCCCGCCUGGCCAAGAAGGCGAAGCCUCCAGAGAAGUGCGAGGAUGGAGAGCUACCUUACGGCUGGGAGGAAAUAGAUGAUCCACAGUAUGGCACAUACUAUGUCGACCACAUCAACCAGAAAACCCAGUUUGAAAACCCGGUCCUGGAGGCAAAGAAGAAGCUGAGCCAGGAGACAGCGGCAAUCCAGCAAGCCGCAGCUGUACCUUCCCAAGGUAAGGGAGGCACAUCUGGCUUCACUUCAGACCCCAGCCAGCUGAAGGGGGAGAUGUACCACACGGCACUGAAGAAGAGCUCACAGGGGUUUGGAUUCACUAUCAUCGGAGGCGACCGAACAGACGAGUUCCUGCAGGUGAAGAACGUGCUGAGUGACGGACCGGCUGCCCAGGACAACAAGAUGGCGUCUGGUGAUGUGAUUGUUGAGAUAAAUGGGAUGUCCGUACUUGGGAAAACCCAUCCAGAGGUGGUGCAGAUGUUCCAGUCUAUUCCUAUCAACCAGUACGUGGAUAUGGUGCUCUGCCGUGGUUACCCGCUUCCACCAGAUGUGGAUCUAGACAGCGACGACCCUCUACCGCCCCCUCCACCCCCACCUGCCGCUCAGCCCCAGCAGGCCUUGCACGGCGGCGAGGUGGUGACAGCCGUGCCGCUCAUAAAUGGACAGCCGCUGCUCGUGAAAGGCGACGUCCUCCACGGCUCUUCGCAGGAGCUCCACUACGUCACGACUGACGCCAGCGGCCGGCCUGUGGUGGCUGCGUUGCCCAACGGGAGGCAGGGUGGGGAGGUGGUGUCAGGGAUGCUGCAGCCUGAGCUGGUGAGCGUGCCGCUGGUGAAAGGUCCGGGAGGAUUCGGGUUCGCCAUCGCUGACUGUCCGCUUGGUCAGAAGGUGAAGAUGAUCCUGGACGCGCAGUGGUGCCGCGGCCUGCAGAAAGGUGACGUCAUCAAGGAGAUCAACAGGCAGAACGUCCAGGCGCUGAGCCACGCCCAGGUGGUCGACAUCCUCAAAGACUUCCCCGUGGGCAGCGAGGUCAACGUGCUCGUCCUAAGAGGAGGUCAGACAUCCCCCGUGAAGAGUCUAAAGCCUAGACAGGAAAUGACCGCCAGUACAGAGACCCUGGAUGGCAUCACAGACCCCACUCCCCAGGCUCUGCCCUACCACUCCAAUACAAACACCCUGCGCUCCGUCGAAUCCCCCAAACGAGACGCCACUGAGUUGUACCUGAAGUCCAAAGCCCUGCUGGACAGCAGACAGCCUCACACCAAAGACAUUGAUGUUUUUCUCAAGAGAGACAUUGAAACGGGCUUUGGCUUCCGCGUUCUGGGAGGAGAAGGUCCCCAACAGCCAAAUGUCUUCCCACAGGUGUACAUCGGGGCCAUUGUGCCCAACGGAGCAGCUGAGAAGGAUGGUCGUCUGAGAGCUGGGGACGAGCUCAUCGGCAUCGACGGCGUGAUGGUGAAAGGUCGUUCACACAAACAGGUGCUGGAUCUGAUGACCAACGCGGCUCGGAACGGACAAGUUAUGUUGACUGUACGCCGAAAGGUCAUCUACAGAGACGCCACGGACGAAGAGGCUCAGGAAAUGGCUCCAGUGCUGGUGAACGGCUCUCCAAAGCUACCUCGAAUCCCGAUGCCUAGCGCUCUGGACCACGAGUCCUUUGACAUCACGCUUCACCGUAAAGACAACGAGGGCUUUGGCUUCGUCAUCCUUACCUCUAAGAGUAAACCACCACUGGGAGUUAUUCCACACAAAAUUGGCCGAAUCAUUGAAGGCAGUCCCACCGACCGCUGCGGCCUGCUACACGUCGGAGAUCGUAUCUCAGCGGUCAACGGGCGCUCCAUCAUCGAGCUCUCUCACAACGACAUCGUUCAGCUCAUCAAGGAGGCCGGCAGCGUUGUCACCCUCACUGUGGUUCCUGAGGACGAGUAUAAGGGCCCUCCAUCUGGAGCGAGUUCAGCCAAACAGAGUCCAGCUCUUCAGCACCGAGCCAUGGGACAAAGAUCAGCCCUACAGGAUGAACGUUAUAACCUGGAUGGGGAGGAGAAAAGAGAGGGAGCCAGCUGGUCCGACCAUAAAAGUCUGUCACAGAGUGAGCAGGGAACGCUGUGUGUGACUGGACCCAACCAGGGCUGUCUGACAGUGGAGUUGGAGCGAGGUCCCAGGGGCUUUGGCUUCAGUCUACGAGGGGGAACAGAGUACAACAUGGGCCUGUACAUCCUGAGACUGGCUGAGGACGGACCUGCUCAGCUGGAUGGAAGAAUUCAUGUUGGAGACGAGAUAGUGGAGAUAAACGGGGAGGCGGCACGCGGCAUCUCCCACACACGGGCAAUUGACCUGAUCCAGGCCGGAGGGAACAAAGUGGUUCUGCUGCUGAGACCCGGAGCGGGUCUGGCUCAAGAUGGCAGUCAACACGAUCAAAAAGUCAUUUCACCCGCAAGCUAUUCCGGAGAGGUGUUUUUCUCUGAUACAUCAUCCCUGUCCUCUCCAUAUCCAACCGGGGCUUCCAUGUUUGUUUCUCCUCCCUCCUCCAGCAAACUGAAACAUUCCCACAGCUGGAGCGCCAUAUCCCCGCAGGGUCUCAAUCCCCGCAGCAGCAGGGGUUUGAGCUCAGUGGAGGAGACUGGCGAGUGGGCAGACAAGGAGGUAGAGAGGCCUUCUUAUGCCUCUCUCGAGCAUUUGAACUUCUACAAGAGGACCAGACCCACAAAGGACUCCAGAGAGCUAAGCAGCCCAAAGAAAACAGGGGAGACUUUUCCUAAAGCCAAAGAGCAACAUCACAGUCCCAAAAAGGCUGAGAGUCAGGCACAGGACGAAGCACUGAGGAGAAGGACGUCUCAGAAACAGACAAAAACACGAUCCACAAGCCCAAGGAAGACUCCGCAAGCUGGGCAACAAGUGGCUCCGACCCUGCAGCGCACAGAGCGACAACAACAAGGACCUCAGAGGAGAUUAAAAGACUCUUCCAGCAGGGAGAGUUUGGAUCAUGAAAAGAGAAACGGCAAAGGGGGGACUCUUGAGAUCAGACGAUACGCUCAAGGAAGGGAGAUGGAAGGGAGAGGAGAUAGAACAAGGUCUGGCCGUGAGCAAGAAAGUGUUCAAAGAAGGGCGGUGGUAGAUUCUCCGCACCACGGGAUUUCUCCUCAUUCAGUGAGACAAGCGGAGAAAAGUACAGGUAAGGACUCAAGGCAGAGAGAUGCUAAUGGGAGGAGUAAAUCUACAGAGGAGAGGAAUACAAGUAAAGAGACGACCAACAAGCGAGAGUCACUGUUGUCUUUUAAAGAUAGGCUGAGUAGGAAAGGUUCUGUUGUUUCGCCAAAAGGAACAGACAAUACUUACAUGAUCUCCAAAGACUUCAGUGGUAGGGAGAACUUUGUGGCCUCUAUAAACAGUUUUCCAGUGAGCCCACAGAGUCCGAAGGGAUCUCUUAGCCCUGGCCCGUGGAAAGUGCCCAGCUCAGCCAAAAUCCUCUCUGAGGCAGAAGUCCUUCGUGACCCUUUGUGAUAGAAUAUCGAAUCACCCAGACUCGAGCUGUGCCAUGGAAUAUUUAACAGCACCCUCAGUGGAUUGUUUUUCUGAGUUCAUCCAUAAAACAGAGAUGCGCAACCCUGUGCCACUUUUACUACCUUUGGACCAGAUUUGUCCUUUUGACGAGGUCUUUUUUGGGAGUCCUGUGACAUCACGUGUGGCAUGUAGCAGCUCCCCUCUGCCUUGUCCGCUGCUUCAGCAAUCUUUCAUGUGGGGUUUAAGCAUGUGCGGCAUGCUCGGGGCCUUGCCAGAAGAAGAUUUUCUUUUUGAAAUGUGAAUAUGUGCCAAUCCUGGGAGCCUCCUGUGGAACUAUGACUACCAACAGCGCUUCACCCAUUACAAUGCAAUGACCCAUAUGCAAAGAAAGGCCUCUAGCCUGUAGUAUACACCAACUCUGACUGUCACCUGGGGUUUUAUUUGCUCUCGGACUCAUUGUGGAAUACUUUGACUCGUCUUUUUUCUUAAAAGUUUGCUCAACUGCAUGCAGUCGAUCCUUCUGUUUGUUUUUCUCUGCACGUGUUCUGCACAUCACUGAGGAUGAUCCUGUUUCUUGUUUCUAAUUCUCAUUCUCGACACCAGGCAGAUUUCUAAUACAACCCAGCAAGCGCUCACUGUACCAGGGACUCUAGACUGUUCUAUGGUUAUAGUCAUGCCUCUCCUCCAUACAAAUAAUAUCAUUUAAAAGACCAGAAACUUGUGGUUUGAGAUCUUGUUUACCAUGUGUAUGAUAACCAACCAGUGUGUAAUUUAUUGAGAUAAUAGAUUGAUAUGUGUAUAUGUAGCUGUACCAAGCCAUUCCACAUUUUGAUAUAGACUUCAAAGAUUUGUCCCAUGUUAUUUGAGCUUUCACCUUCCUUCCAAUGUUCUUCAGUGGUAGGACUAACCAUGGAUCUUGUAGUUCAUGAACUGUAUAGGUAAUGUGCAAACUGCUGUACCAAAUGUUUGCAAUCGCUCAAAACGUGUCUCAUUGUGAAAUAUAAUAUAAUAUAUAUAUUUGAAUGUGUCAUGUUUUGCAGAUUCUAACUUUUAAAUAUCUACUGAAUUCCAUUGCACUGCAUCUGCCCUUGUAGCAAAACAGAAUGACCAUGAGUCGUAUUUAAUUCGUGAUGUUGACUUUCUACCAUGCAUUGCCAUUUUUAUUUUCAUUAUUUUUAUUCUUUUUAUUUUAUAAAGACAAAUGAGGGUUUUCAAUGUGUAUGUUUCUGUCAGUCCUGCUGUGUGAUUAUGUGCCAGGGUAGCUUGAAGGAUAGUGGAGCUUUGAGAGUGAUGUGGUGGUUUUAGAGAGAUAAUAAGCAUGCUGCUGCUAUAGGAAAGGAAUACAGGGAUCAAUCUUCCUCCAUAGUUUAAGGGUAGUUUUGCUGAUAGCUUUAAAAAUACACAACAACAAAGACUGGGACCGUGAAAAUGAGACACAAGCUGUGUUUCCACCAAAAAUAGCUAGAACUGUUCGCCCCAGGAGCUGCUUUUCUUAGGAUUAAUAUUUCUUUUCUGCUUUUUCACCAAGUUUAAACAUUCGGAAAGUUAGUCUGCUCAGUGAGAAAUGGCCUUCCAUCGCAGUUAUGCGACUUCUGGCCUAAUGCCAAACAUUAAGCCCUGGAAGCACCAUCUGCAAAGCCCCUGGAUUUUCACAACACAUCGACAAGCUAGAGCUCAAAUUGGGCCCAAAGGUUCCACCAUAGUUAAGUCCGUGCACUUUCUCUUCACGCACACAUAAGCUGUUUUUAUGGUCAGAGCAUGAUUAAACACAACAUUUUUACUUGUUUGCCAAGUUCUUUCAGAGCAGAGCAGGCUAGCAGCGCCCCUUUUUACCUGCUUUUUCCCCUCCAAUGGGGCCAGUGGAGCUGGGCAGCCCAUCUCUAGUCAUAAUUUGUGCUUUGGGUCUGCACCACUGGAAGUUGUACUGAAGUUAUGACAAGUAGAAACACAAAAGCUCAAAAAUCUUGGGUAAAUUAUUGGUAUGCUGCUUUGUCUGACGUCUUUUGCAACCCUUUAGCCCAAAGUGAGGUUGGACCAAGCAAGAUUUACCUCACCUUGGGACACGGGGAACUUAACUCCACUUUAAGUAUCACUCUUAGCAGCCUGACCUCGCACCGAUUCUUUUGUUUUCCAUAGUCAGAGAACCAGCUGUGGGCCUGUAAAAAUGGUUCUAGCAUGGCACCAGCUUCUUGCUAGACCAGAGGAGAGCACCGGUUCAUGUCAGGCUAUAUGCUUAUGUCAGUGGCCGUGGGUGGUAUCACAAUGUACUACAACAAGAGAGUGCUAUGUUUUUGAAGAGGAAAGCUUGGCUUCAGGUGAAAAUGGACAUAAAAACAAAACAGAUGUGGUCUGAGGAGGUGAUUUCACAUUUGAAUGCCCAUUAUGAUAUGAUUGAGGUCAUGCUCUAAGGCUGACCAUCUUGUUAGACAACAGGGGUCAGCUCCAGCAUAUGGAAAAGCAAAUGGUUCAUUGUUGGUUCUUAAACUGAACCAAUUCCAAACCAGCUUUAGCUCUAGCUGAGCACUGACUUUGGGGCUGGCCUGGGGAAAAGUGGUCGUAGAGAAGUACUCCAUUGAAGGUGCACCAGAAACCAUCUAAAGUACCUAGCCCAUGGUGAGGGUUUCUGUGGUUUAAAAAGUCAUGGUGUUUUUUUGAAUGAUAAAAUAAUUUGCAAAGUUAGGAUUUCAUCCACAGUGCUCAGGGACUUAUGUUUCUGAGUCUACUUUUGUUGUUUCCAGAAUCUUCUGAAUGCUUUGAGAAAGCAACCAACUUCCAAGUUCCACCUCCAAAGUCACAGUACUUCCAGAGGGAACUAACCCCCUAGCAGGAACUCUUUGAAGUUUAAAAAAAAGUCCUUGGGAUUUUGUUUCAAAUCUGGCUUGUAAAAGGUUCCUUUGUAUCGAGCAGAUACUCAGCCAAUCAAAAGUGUUCACUUCUAUUAGGCCCACCCCCAAACUCCUUGUCAUUUCAGAAAGUUCUCCUUAGAGCAGGAACCUUUAGUUUUAGGGGCGUUAAAAUAAAGUUCCAAGAGCUUUAUUUUAAUUAUGGUCCAUGAGCUUGAAAUGCUUAAACUACCUUCCAAAGUGUCACAGGGAAGGCAUUACAUAACUUUUCUACUAUAGGCUAGUACAUAUGUCAAGAACACUUAUGGUGCAUUUCCAGUCUACCUCGGCUCUACUUGGUACUCUGAUACCAGGCAAUUAAUUUUGUUAAGUCCAGCAUAACAACACUAGCAAGAUCUAGGCAGUACCUGGUUCUCAGUAUGCAGCAAGGAGAGAUUUUUUGUCCCAGAAAUGGUUGCAAGCAUGGUGGUUGGUAGUGUCUUGAUGUUUCAUUUUAUUAUCGACUCAGCUAGAACCCUGACAGAGGUGUUACCAGAAAAGUACCAGGUACCGGGUACGAUCCUUUAAGGCAAAUUUGAGAUGAGUCGCGCCAACACCACAUUGUGCAGAAGCACCAUUGAGUCCUAUGGGCUACUUUGGGCGUUCCAGGGGACAAUUCUGACAGUGGAAACUCCGUUUUACCAUAAAGCCUGCUUUCAGCUAAAGCACCCAGGACCUUGCCCUCAAGACGAUACUUUCAGACGAUUUAAAUCUUCCUCUAUCCUCUUGUUGUCUGUGUUUCCAGAGAGGUGAAACGAUCCAGAAGGAUAAGUCAUUUUUUCUGAUGUUUAAGAAGUUCCUCUUAAUGCUGAAAGUCCCAUCAUACCAGUUCCUGCACAGACACCCUUCCCAAGCAGGAGCAUUUUGAGAACAAAAUGAAGUCCCUCAAAAAAUUAAGUUCUUGCCGUACCACCUUUAUUUAGAACCUGGUUCCUGCAGUGAAAACAAUUGAGUUCCUGUUGAAGUCCCAGGUCCAUGGAGAAAGUUCAAGCAGUGGAAACACAGCUUUUGUCUAAUUUCAUUGUUACAUUUUUGGACAUAGAUAUAUCCAACAUACCUGCUGAUACAACUGAAGAGAUUAAGAUAUAUUGAGAUGAGCUCAGGGAACACAGCAUAGUAGCAAACGUGCAUCACUGUGCGUAAAGUCAAUAUCAGUGAAAGAUAAAGGGUAUUUAUAUUCUAUGAUGUGAGCCUGUGAUUGUAAACAGGAGUUUUCAGGUUAAAAAUCUCUGGAGGAUGUGCCGUGAGCCCAUCGGUGGUAGGUUUUUGUGCAAUAGUCUGGUUGGUUGAACGCGUACAUCCAGCCUAGAGUGUCAGGUUCAGGCAGUUCACUCUGGUUGAACAGAAAAUGCCCUUUUUUCUACGUCCCCUGCACUUUUGUUCUACCUUCUGUUUUUAUUUUCAAUCAUUUUGUAUCUCAGUUCUGUAUCAUACUGUGGCCUUGCAUCGCUUCAUUAGAAAAACAAUCCUUGUGGUUUCUUCUACAUUCUGUAGGGACAGUAGAUGUAAAUGUUUGUACAUUGUACAGCACCUUUAUAAAUACUUGCUGAGUGCUCUUUCUGCUGGGGAAAAAAUAGAGGUAUAUUAAAAUCGCUCCAUUAUUUUUUUAUGUAAAAAAAGAGAAAAUAUUUAAAAAUGGAUUGAAAAGGAUAGACUAUGACCUUGACAUGGUGUUCCG